AUGCUUAUUAUUUUGGCGUCCCAUGCCAAAUCUGUGGAGAAAUUAGAAGCUUCCGUGGAAACAGAACAAUCUUCCCCACCUGACACUGACGCUGAUAUUGGCCCUGGCGCGGAGCUUGAUAGUGAAUUUUUGGCGCAGUCGAAGGAACAGAUCACAGCUGAGUUUUUAACUUUCAGUGCACCCGAGGAAGAUGAAGACGAAGCAAAAAUAGACGAUUUACUUGAGUUAUUAAAGCCACAACGUAUAUUUCUAAUUGAGCAACCUGAAAACGUCACAGUAAUAGAAUUCAAUCGAAAUGCGGUGCACAUCGAUGAACAACCAGAAAAAAUUGACGUUGACGCUGAGAAAACUGCAACUCCUACAGAGGAGUAA